AUGAAACUUUGGCAUAAUAGAAUACUUCAUUUAACUAUUAAAAUCACUAUUGUGAUUGCUCUUCUCAUUGAUCCACGUACAACACUUUUAACACCAGAUUUUGAAAUAACUUGUCAAAAAUUUGAUAUUAAUAUAAUAACAACUGAUUUAGAUUCUUAUAUGACAAAUAUAUUAUCACCAUUAUUUGCAUUAUUUGAUAGACAAUGGUCUCAAGCAAAUCGUAUUGAUAAAAUGAAUCUUAAAUCAGCAGGAUAUAUACAACGUAUAAUUCAUACAAUGUGGUUCACACUUCGUACACUUAAACAAAAUGAUCAAAUAUUUAAAAUAUUUAAUCAAACAAUUUUAUGGAAAAAUAAUGAUCAACAAUAUUUACAAUCAUUACAACCACCAACACAAAAUUUAUUACCAAAGAAAAAAAAGAAAAAAACUCUCGUUAAAAUAGGUAGUAAAACAAAAUUAUCACCAAUUUUGAUAGAUCCACCAAUUGAUUCUACACCAGAACAAAUUCUUGAAUAUAUUCUUAAUCGACAAAUAUCAAUAUCACGUGCAAGUAAAUAUUUAGGUGGAAUUAAAUUAGAUUAUUUAAAAUAUUGUUUAUCAUAUAAAAUGAAUUCAUCACUUAUGACUGGUUCAUGUCUUAUACAAUUAAAUAAAUUUAUGCAAUCAAAAUCAACUAUUGAUUGGUUACGUCAUUUACGUUCAUUAUAUUUUUGGUCGUGUGCUAAACAAUUAUUUUUAAGAGAAAUUUAUCAAUUAACUGGUAUAGUAACACGUAAACGUUCAAUGAAUAUAUGUGGAAAUAAUAAUAUGGGUUCAAUAAGAAGUUGUGAUCAACAAUCACCUGUAAUUUUUUGGACAGCUUUUGAAGAUAUUCAUCUAAUUCAAUUAGAUAAUGAAUCAAUUAUUGAUGAUAAACAAUGGCAUGAAGAUUUUCAACAAUAUUUAAUUGAUAAUGAAAUUAAUCAUGAAAAAGCUCAAUUAUGGACUAUUGAUACAUUUGAAUUUCCAUUAACAAAAAAUUCGACUAUACUUCAAUUACCUGAAUGGAAUGAAUUACGUCCAAUGAAUUUAACACCAAAAGUAACUGUAAUAUAUGCAUUUUCUAAUGAUGGUCAAUCAACUGAACCAUAUUUUAUUUUUCCUAAUACACUUCGAGAUAAUACAAUAAAUAAUGAACAAAAUUCAUAUAAUGAUUUAGGUCAUUUAACACCACAAAUAUUUCUUUCUUGGAUUGAAAAAUAUCUUAUACAAAAAGAUCAUUUACCAAUUGUUCUUAUAUUUUGUUCUCGUUUACCUAUAUUAUCACCAAUAGUUUUAUCUUCACUUGAACAAUAUAAAAUCUAUCCAUUUGGAUAUCCAUUUACACGUACAUUACCAUUUCGUUAUUUAUUUGAACGUCGUGUACGUAAUAAUCGUUCAACAAAUUUAAUGAGUGAAUUAUGGAAAAAAAAAUUAUUAGAUGAACAACGUACACAUGUAUUAAAAGGUUUAAAUUGUACAGUUAAAAAUAUAAAAUAUUAUUUUGAACAAAUAUGGCCAUUAUUAAUUACUGAAAAACGUGAUGAUGAUGAUGAAAAUAAAACAUUUAAAGAUAAAUGUCAACAAGCAUUUCAACAAGCAAAUAUACAAUUAAUAAUAAAUAAAAAAGAAAAUUUUUAUGAAAAAAAACUUCAAAUAAUAUCACCAAAUAAAAAUCAAAAGAAAAUUAUAAAUACAAAUGAAAUUGUUGAUCAACUUAAUCAUUUAUUAAAUGUUAUUAUUCAAGUUAAAGAACAAAUUAAUUCAACACAAAUUCUUAAAAUUAAAAAUAAUGAUUCAUUAAUUUCAUCAUCGAAUGAGGCUUUAGAGAAUAUUAAUCUUAGUCAUUUAUCAUCAACAUUACCUGAACAAAUUCAAACAAUAAAUACAAUCGAAAUAAAUAAUAGUUCAAUUUUAACAUCAAUUAAUGAUAAACGACCAAGUGAUGAAAAUGAUGAACCACAUACAAUAAAACGUUUUCGUUCAUCAUUUUCACAAUCGACUUAUCCAACAACAACAACAACAAAUAUUAUUCAAUGGAUUCCACCAUCAAAACAAUUAGUGACACAUAUACAAUCUCAAUCAUCAUCAUUAUUUCAAUUUAUUCUAUCACUUGUACAUAUAAUAUUAAAUUCAACUGAAAAUCAUCUUACAGAUGAACAUUGUUGUUGGUUACAUAAAACAAUUAAUAAUUAUGAUCAUAAUUAUAAUAUUGAUAAACUAAAUCUUCUCAUUGAAACAGCAUGUAUAGUAGUAAAAACAGAUCUAGUCAGAUAA